AUGGACGAAAGUGAUCCUUAUAUGUAUGAUGAUGAAGAUCAAGGCAUCACGCCUGAAGAUUGUUGGACAGUGAUUUCAUCAUUCUUCCUGGAGAAGGGGUUGGUGUCUCAACAAUUGGACUCCUUUGAUGAGUUCAUUGAAACCACAAUCCAAGAGUUAGUUUGGGAAGAUAGUCAUCUCGUGUUAGAUCAACCGGCACAACAUACCAGUGAACAUGAUAAUGAAAACAGACGGUUUGAAAUCCAGUUUGGGAAGAUCUAUAUCUCAAAACCACAACAAACAGAGGGUGAUGGUACAACUCAUACUAUGUUCCCUCAAGAAGCAAGAUUACGUAAUUUGACGUAUUCAUCACCUCUUUAUGUUGAUAUGACCAAGAAGGUGUUUAAAUCAGAUGAUAACAAAAGAAAUGGUAAUGAAUUAGAAUGGGUAGAGCAAAAGAUCCAAGAUGAAGAUUCAGAAACUCGUGUCUUUUUAGGUAAAGUCCCUAUCAUGCUUAGAUCCAAAUUCUGUAUGUUACGUGAUGUAGGAGAACAUGAAUUUUAUGCCUUGAAGGAAUGUCCAUAUGAUAUGGGUGGUUAUUUUGUUAUUAAUGGGUCCGAAAAGGUUUUGAUUGCUCAAGAAAGAAGUGCUGCCAACAUUGUUCAAGUUUUCAAGAAAGCUGCACCUUCUCCUAUAUCUCAUGUUGCUGAAAUUAGAUCUGCUAUCGAAAAGGGCUCUCGUUUAAUCUCCUCUAUGCAAAUCAAAUUAUAUGGUAGAGAUGAAAAGGGUACCAGUGGACGAACAAUCAAAGCCACUUUACCUUAUAUUAAAGAAGAUAUCCCUAUUGUCAUUGUUUUCAGAGCUUUAGGGGUUGUACCGGAUGGUGAUAUCUUGGAACAUAUUUGUUAUGAUGCAAACGAUUGGCAAAUGUUGGAGAUGUUGAAGCCAUGUGUGGAAGAAGGUUUCGUUAUACAAGAAAGAGAAGUUGCUCUUGAUUUCAUUGGUAGAAGAGGUGUUUUGGGUAUUAGAAGAGAAAAACGUAUUCAAUAUGCCAAAGAUAUUUUACAAAAGGAAUUACUUCCAAAUAUCACUCAAGAUGAAGGGUUCGAAACCAGAAAAGCCUUCUUCUUGGGUUAUAUGGUCAACAGAUUAUUAUUAUGUGCUUUGGAAAGAAAGGAAGCUGAUGAUAGAGAUCAUUUUGGAAAAAAGAGACUUGAUUUAGCUGGUCCAUUAUUGGCCAAUUUAUUCCGUAUCUUAUUCAAGAAAUUGACUAAAGAUAUCUAUAAUUAUAUGCAAAGAUGUGUUGAGAAUGAUAAAGUUUUCAAUUUAACAUUGGCUGUGAAAUCCCAAACAAUCACCGAUGGGUUACGUUAUUCAUUGGCUACUGGUAAUUGGGGUGAACAAAGAAAGGCAAUGAGUUCAAGAGCUGGUGUCUCCCAAGUGUUGAAUAGAUACACAUACUCAUCCACAUUAUCUCACUUGAGAAGAACAAAUACUCCUAUUGGUAGAGAUGGUAAGAUUGCCAAGCCAAGACAAUUGCAUAAUACACAUUGGGGUCUUGUUUGUCCUGCUGAAACCCCAGAAGGUCAAGCGUGUGGGUUGGUUAAAAACUUAUCAUUGAUGACUUGUAUUUCUGUGGGUACACCAUCUGAACCUAUUUUAUACUUUUUAGAAGAAUGGGGGAUGGAACCUUUAGAAGAUUAUGUUCCUUCAAGUUCUCCAGAUUCUACAAGAGUGUUUGUCAAUGGUGUUUGGGUGGGUACUCAUAGAGAACCAGCACAUUUGGUUGAAACAAUGCGUAAUUUAAGAAGAAGAGGUGAUAUUUCUCCAGAAGUUUCUAUCAUUAGAGAUAUAAGAGAAAAGGAAUUCAAAAUCUUUACAGAUGCUGGACGUGUAUACCGUCCAUUAUUUGUUGUUGAUGAUGAUCCAGAGUCAGAAACUAAGGGUAAUUUGAAAUUACAAAAGGAACAUAUUCAUAACUUGCUUAACUCUGAAUAUGAUGAAAAUGAAAAGUAUGGUUGGACAGAAUUGGUCAAUGCAGGUGUUGUUGAAUACGUUGAUGCCGAAGAAGAAGAAACUAUUAUGAUUGCCAUGUUCCCUGAAGAUUUGGAGUCUACUACUAAUGUUGAAUCAAAUGAAGAAGAAGAUAUGGAUGCUGCAAAGAGAAUCAGAACUUCUAUCAAAAGUAGUACUCAUACAUUUACUCAUUGUGAAAUCCAUCCUUCCAUGAUUCUUGGUGUUGCUGCUUCAAUUAUUCCAUUCCCUGAUCAUAACCAAUCCCCUCGUAAUACUUAUCAAUCUGCUAUGGGUAAGCAAGCUAUGGGAGUUUUCUUGACCAAUUAUUCCGUCAGAAUGGAUACCAUGGCUAAUAUUUUAUAUUAUCCUCAGAAACCUUUAGGUACUACCAGAUCGAUGGAAUUUUUGAAAUUCCGUGAACUUCCUGCUGGUCAAAAUGCUGUUGUUGCCAUUGCAUGUUAUUCUGGUUAUAAUCAAGAAGAUUCCAUGAUUAUGAACCAAUCAUCAAUUGAUCGUGGGUUAUUCAGAUCUUUAUUCUUUAGAUCUUAUAUGGAUUUGGAAAAGAGACAAGGUAUGAAAGCAUUAGAAACAUUUGAGAAACCUUCUCGAUCUGAUACCUUAAGAUUAAAACAUGGUACAUAUGAAAAGUUGGAUGAUGAUGGAUUAAUUGCUCCUGGUGUGAGAGUUAGUGGUGAAGAUAUUAUCAUAGGUAAGACUACUCCAAUUCCUCCUGAUACAGAAGAAUUGGGUCAAAGAACUCAAUACCAUACUAAGAGAGAUGCUUCUACUCCAUUGAGAAGUACAGAAUCUGGUAUUGUUGAUCAAGUCUUGUUGACUACUAAUGGUGAUGGAGCUAAAUUCGUUAAGGUAAGAAUGAGAACCACCAAGGUUCCCCAAAUUGGUGAUAAGUUUGCUUCUAGACAUGGUCAAAAGGGUACUAUUGGUGUUACUUAUCGUCAUGAAGAUAUGCCAUUUUCCAGACAAGGUAUUGUUCCUGAUUUGAUUAUCAAUCCUCAUGCUAUUCCUUCUCGUAUGACAGUUGCGCAUUUGAUUGAGUGUUUGUUAUCUAAAGUGUCUUCGUUAUCCGGUUUGGAAGGUGAUGCUUCCCCCUUUACUGAUGUUACGGCUGAAGCCAUUUCCAAAUUAUUACGUGAACAUGGAUAUCAAUCUAGAGGGUUUGAAGUGAUGUAUAAUGGACACACAGGGAAGAAAUUGAUGGCCCAAGUUUUCUUUGGACCUACUUAUUAUCAAAGAUUAAGACAUAUGGUGGAUGAUAAGAUUCAUGCCAGAGCUAGAGGACCAGUUCAAGUGUUGACGAGACAACCUGUUGAAGGUAGAUCAAGAGAUGGUGGGUUACGUUUCGGGGAGAUGGAAAGAGAUUGUAUGAUUGCCCAUGGAGCAGCUGGGUUUUUAAAGGAAAGAUUGAUGGAAGCUUCUGAUGCUUUUAGAGUCCAUGUUUGUGGUAUUUGUGGAUUAAUGUCUGUUAUUGCCAAUUUGAAGAAGAAUCAAUUUGAAUGCCGUUCAUGUAAGAAUAAGACGAACAUUUAUCAAAUCCAUAUUCCUUAUGCUGCCAAAUUAUUAUUCCAAGAGUUGAUGGCUAUGAACAUCUCUCCAAGAUUAUAUACCGAGAGAUCGGGGAUUUCUGUUAGAGGGUAG